GAGUAGCGGGCAAGCCAGUGCCGGUUUCGUGUGCGUCGCGAGUGUACGUUGGUGCGUUCGUAGCUUGAACCACGUCGACAGCGCGUUCAGUGUAAACAACACAAGCUAAGUCUACACCUACUUAAGAACCGGUUACUACUUUGUGAUCUCGGAGUUAUACGAGUUAUAUUGAUGUGGUUGGUGAACCAUAUAUAUGAAAAGAGAACAGUGUUAAUUUGUGCGAGUGAUAAUUUUACUAACGAUGCGAUGACCUGUGAGCUAAAAACAGUGAUACAGUUGUCUUUGGAUUAUUUACAGCGGUGAAUUAAAAAUUCAAACGACUGUUCAAAAGGAUGGAGCCAAUAAGAGCUUCUUACUAAACCAAAAUGGCCGUCGCUCGCGCGGUCUUGGUUCUUCUAGCGUCCACAGCACAAGCAUGGAUGCCCGAUGCAAAUGCCCGAAUCCAUGUCAAAUAUGGCGAUGAAACUUCAGAACAGUUUGCGGGUAAUACUACUGGACCAAAUCACUUCCGCAUUUUAGACAGAGAUGACUUCUCACUAUUGGUAGGAGGAAGGAGUACGGUGUAUAAUUUAAGCUUAUAUGAUCUCUCUGAAAAUAUUGAUCAGCGACUGGAGUGGCAAUCAACAGAUGCGCACAGAGAACUAUGCCAGUUAAAAGGAAAAUCCGCUGACGAGUGCCAGAACUACUUGAGAGUUGCGGCAAGGGCCCAGGGUAGGCUGCUUGUAUGUGGGACGAAUGCUUUCAAACCCAUGUGUCGUAGAUACGCGCGACAUCCACCUAAUCAUCAUUUAGAGGAGUUCGAUGGAACUGGUCGCUGUCCAUAUAGUCCACAGCACAACUCCACUGCCAUAUUUACAGAUGGUGAACUUUACACUGCAACGGCAGCGGAUUUCUCAGGAACCGAUCCAUUAAUAUAUAGAGCGCCAGUACGAACCGAACAUUCCGAUUUACGUUUAUUGAAUGAUCCCUCCUUCGUUGGAGCUGUUGCAUCAACAAGCCAUGUCUAUUUCUUCUACCGCGAGACAGCCGUAGAAUAUAUGAACUGUGGCAAAGCUGUAUAUUCAAGAGUAGCAAGAGUUUGUAUAAACGACAAAGGUGGACCACACACAUUUAGCGAUCGCUGGACGUCAUUUCUUAAAACUAGAUUGAAUUGCUCGAUUCCCGGAGAAUAUCCAUUCUACUUUGACGAAAUACAGGCUACUACUGAGAUUAUUAACGGAAUCUAUGGUAAUGGCGGCAAUAGGAAUGAUAUCUUGUACGCAGUUUUUACUACACCCCAAAAUGCGAUAGGAGGCUCAGCUGUCUGUGCAUUUGCCAUGAGAGAUAUAUUAGACGCGUUCGAUGGGUCAUUUAAAGGUCAGGAAAGCAUGAACUCAAACUGGCUGCAACUAGAAAAAGAAAAAGUGCCGCAUCCUCAACCUGGAUCAUGCGUAGAAGAUAGUAGAACACUUGCUGAUUCGACCGUGAAUUUUAUCAAAACACACCCUCUUAUGGACAAAGCCGUUUCAUCGUUUUUAGCUCGACCGAUUCUCAUAAGAGUAAGCCUGCAAUACAGAUUCUCUGCGAUCGCCAUACAUCCCCAAGUACAGUCUAUGAACGGAAAUAAAUUUGAUGUUAUGUACGUCGGCACGGACGACGGCAGAGUUAUUAAAGCUGUGAACGUGGCGUCAAACGAGGGAGUGUUCGAUGCAAGUGUAGAGGAAUACAGCAGAAACCCAGUUAGGACCGCUGUAAUAUCCGAAGUGCAAGUUUUACCCCCGGGCGUCCCUAUUAGACAAAUGCACGUCGCUCUUACGACGGAAAAACUUAUCGUCGCAUCCGGAAAUAUUAUACGAGCAGUCAGCUUAUCACAUUGCACGAACGUGCAGUCUUGCAGGGAGUGUGUGGCUUUGCAAGACCCGCACUGUGCGUGGGAUUCAAAGCAACAACAGUGUUCAUGGGUUGGAAAUAGGCAAUUUCCCAAUCCGGAGCGAUUUUUACAAAAUGUAGAGUACGGAAAGACUGAUAUAUGUAAUAAAUUGCCAGCUCUUCUGCCAAAUGAUAGACAUAGUAAUCGAAGCCCGGCUACUAAAAAACCGACACAAUCCGAGUCUAAUCUGCGGCACAAACCAGACGACAUACAAAAUGAAAUACUCAUAGAAGUCGUCGAAACGAACGUUAUGUCCGAAGAAAAGAAUGUUAAUAAUAAACAUGAAACAGAUCUACUGACGGUGGAAGCUGCCGAGGGCAACAUUUACAGCGCUCAGGCAUUGAUGACGGCUGUCGUUGCGUCUUGUCUGGUCACGCUGAUGGUUGGAUUUGUCAUCGGUUAUCUGUUCUCUCGGAGAUUUCGCCACCCUUUUUUUACUGACACUUCGCCCUUCAAUGAACAACACAACCAUUUAAAUAGGUUGAAUCCCUUGGAGACUCCACUGAACGUAAACUCUGGAUAUAUGCCUCCGCGUUCAAAAAACGUGAAUAUGGUUGCGAACGUGUGUCCACUCGCAAAACAAGACAAUCUACACAUCGAACUUGGAAAAGACCGUGCACUAGAUCUACGGAAUUCCACAGAAUCCCUCGAUAAGGAUCUUAAGUGCGGCACCUUACAAAAAGUUAAAAAGACUUACAUAUGAAAUAUACAUCAGAAGACAGUGUAUGGAACUUUAUUAAAGUGAUUGCUAUGUGUGCCAAGUCUUCCGAGUAGAUGGGCUAGGACUGCAAGUGAUGUUGUUCGCGGGGAUUAGACUUUUGUACAUAUUAAAUAUAUUUUAUAUUCUUGUACAGUAUACAGUAUAGUUCUGUUGUCGAAAGCUGCAAAUACAAACAUUAGUUAUAUUACUUUGGUAGUUCAAAUAGCAGCUCGAACAUUUCAGAGGUCCAUUUUACAUUUUAAUGAACAAUAAAUUAUGAAGCAUGACAUUUUUCUUAAUAUAUUAAAAAUUAAAUAAUGUAGGGAGUUUCAUCUUUCAUGUGUUUAUGAAAUGAGAUUAUGUAUUAAGAAUACAAAAAACGCAUGCUAUAAUUUUGUAUAAACUGUAAUCGAUUGUGCAAAGAUAUCAAUAUUAAGAAUUCUUUUCAGUAUUAAGAACUGUAUAACAUUAUUUUACACAUUCCACCUUAUCAUUAUUGUUGUGUAGUCAUAACUUCGAUGCGCAGCUAUUUUUGUAAAUAUAAAUAUGUAUAUAAAGGCUAAGAAGUUACAUAAUUUAGAAACAUAGGACUUCAUAAAAUAUAGUAUUUAGAAGGAAGUAGAUAAAAGAUGAUAAAAAGUAAUGAAUAGGUACUAAGUUCCGUAGAAAAUUUGAAUAUUUUCGUCAAAAAAUGGCACAAGCUAUAAGCAAUGCAUAAUGGAAAUUAAUUCAUUUGAA